AUGGAAGUUUACGGGUAUUUUAGUUAUUACCGUGUUGUACCUGGAUCAAGGAAUGAAAAAGUGUAUUGUGAAAUGUUGCUUCAUGACAGUACACUGAUUGACAGUAAUCAUAGUGAAAACGCAACUUACAAAAAAAGAUUUCAUAAACUUGAUGGAGUGGCAGCUAAUAAGUCAUGGGUUAAUAUAGAUAUCUCUAAAUAUCCGUAUAUUGAAAUGUUGAAUUACAAUGGAGACGAAUUGAGAUAUUCUGAAAGUUUGGAGCAGACAAACAAUUUAGGGAUAAUCACUAUAACUUACAAUUCGGAAAUUAUUUAUAGAGCUAGUUAUCCUUAUGAAAAGGUAGUUAGAAUAGGAAAUUCAUAUACUCCAAAUUACCAAAGUCCAAUUUACAAGAAUGGUUUGAUCUGUGAAAUUGAUGAGAGAAAACCAACACAUUCAGUUUUCAAAUUUGUUGAGAAAAUGCUCCAAAUCACUUUGAAACAAACAAGGAAUUUUGAAAUUUCAGAAAUGGAACAAGAAUGGUGUUCUUUAUGUAACAGUCAAUUUAAAAAUCUUGUAAUGAUUUUCAAUUUUAGAAAUUACAAACAUUUCAAUCAUUUGAAUUUGAAUAAUGCACUGAGAAAUUCAUCAACUUUCUCAGAUAUUGUAUUUUACAAUUAG